UUUGUUUUCAAAUUUGACAAUGGCUGACGAACUGAGCCCAGCGGUUGGCGGCGAAUCUGCCUCAUCGCUCACGCCCAGCUACAGCGCCGCCAUCGAUGUCCCACCAGCAUCGUCCUCCUCUGCUGCUGCUGCUGGAGUGACUGCCCAUGCAAACGCAGGCAAUGCGCGCCAAGUGACGCUGGCAUGGCGCAAUCUGGGCGUCAACGUUCCGCUCAAGGUCAAGCGCCAGGCAGCUGCGGCCGGCGCCCCGACCUCCAAGCGCAUUCUCCAGGACGUCUCUGGCAUGGCGCAACCGGGACAGCUGCUCGCCAUCAUGGGCCCGUCGGGCUCCGGAAAGACCACCCUGCUCAACAUUCUGUCGGGCCGCAGCGACGACAAGAUGCGCGUCGAGGGUGACAUUCUCAUCAAUGGCUCGCCGAUGGAAAAGCGCCAUCGCCGUGUUAUUGGCUAUGUGCGCCAGUCGGAUGUGCACUUUAACAACCUGACAUGCCGUGAAAUCCUGUCCUUCUCGGCCAACAUUCGCCUGCCCACGGAGCUGAGCGUUGCAGACCGCCAUCAGCGCGUCGAGGCCAUCAUUGACGAGCUCGGCCUCCGAAAGUGCGCAGACACGAUCGUCGGCGGCAAUCUCAUCCGUGGCAUUUCGGGCGGUGAGAAGAAGCGUCUCUCGGUCGGCGUCGAGCUCAUCACCUCGCCCUCGCUGCUCUUCUUGGACGAGCCCACCUCGGGCCUCGACUCGCACAUGGCCUACACGCUGUUCGAGCAUCUCGACGAGCUCAAAAAGUCCUCCAAGCGCACCGUUGUCACCACCAUCCACCAGCCUUCGUCCAAGCUCUUUAGCACGUUCGAUCUCCUCCUCUUGCUCUCGGAAGGUCGCGUCUUUUACUUUGGCCCCGUCGCCGACGCCAUCACGUACUUUUCCAAGACGUGCCGCCUCCAGUGCCCCGUCUACUCCAACCCGGCAGAAUACUUCCUCGACGUGGCCUCCAUCCGCUUGCACCCGCACAUGUCGCAGGAGCUCGGCUACCCGACCACCGACGAGAACGGCCAACCUCUGCCGACGCUCAACUGGGAUCUCCUGGUGAGCCUGUACGAGAAGACGCGCCAGGACUACACCCUCAAGUCCAUUGAAGAGGCGCGCGUCCGAUGCCUCGCCGAGCAACAGGUGAUUCAGGCCGAGAUGGAGGCUCGCGGUCUGACUGUGCGCAAGCGGUCUCGCUUUGGCUUUGCCAACAGCCGGGCAAACUCGUCUGCAACCGUCGCCGUCCAGCAAGUCGAGAUGGAGGAUCUCCAAGCCGAAGCCAUGGAGAAGGGCAACGGCCAUGCGAACGGCAAAACGAACGGCCAUGCUGGUGCUGCUGCUGCUGCUGCUGCUCAGCAGAACGCGCUGGCGGAGCUGGCGCCCGAGGUUCUUGCCAACCUCACCAGCAACGAGACGUAUGCUCAGCCAACGUGGUACCAGUUCCAAGUGCUGGCCCGUCGAUCCUUCAUGUCCUUCAUCCGUGACAAGCGCUACUUCCGCGCUCGUAUCAUGCAGGUCAUUAUCAUGUCCGUCCUCAUCGGCAUCAUUUUCCUUCGCCUGCCCUACUCUCAGGCCGGUGUUUCUGCUCGCUCUGGCGGCAUCUUCUUCUUGAUGAUGCAAGCUGGUAUUUCGCCCAUGAUGAACAUUCUUCACGUCUUCCACGCUGAGCGCGAAGUCAUCACUCAUGAACGUGACGGCAAAUGGUACACUUGCUUUGCCUACUAUGCUGCCAAAUCCAUCACCGAACUGCCCUUCCAGCUGCUUGAGCCCCUGCUCUUCACUGUGAUUGCGUACUGGCUGAUGGGCCUCAACGACAGCGCCGAACGCUUCUUUGGCAUGAUUGGCAUCAUGAUGCUCACGUCCCUCUGCGGCUCCUCGUUCGGUCUUAUGCUCGCUGCCUCGACCCCGUCGUUCCAAGUUGCCACGAUCUUUGCCUCGCUCAUGAUGAUGUUCCUGAUUCUCUUCUCCGGCUUCUUUGUGCUCAACGACCUCAUUCCCAUUUGGCUUCGAUGGAUCAAGUACAUCUCCUUCAUGUACUACAGCUUUGGAUUGCUGCUGCAAAACGAGUUCUCUGGCGGCUCGUACUAUUGCGAACCUUCGGAAUUUGCUCCCAACCACACUUGCCCCAUCACAACCGGUGCGCAGGCCUUGCAGAACCUCGGCGCCGCUGACACCAAGAUUGGCGAGAACAUUAUCAUUUUGGUGGCUCUGAUUGUGGCGGCACGCACCGUCUGCUUCUUGGCACUCCGCCACUACAAGCCGAAGGGUGUCCACUGAAAGCCCCUGCGGACUCUGAUUCUCGCUUCGUUGAUGGAUAUCUUGAUACGGUUGUGGAUGACUUGUUACGAUCUGUUUGUGGUGAAUGUUUCGAGGAUGAAGGUUGCGCGUGUUGUCAACUCUCAAAGAAAAUUGAAUUCUCUAAUCAAAG